AUGUCUGACAACAACAACAACAACUCUUCCACCCUCGGUGCCUACGUGAACCAGGCCGCUGGCGCUGCUCAGCGUGCCUUUGGUGCCGUCACUGGUGACUCUUCCUCCCAGGCCAAGGGCGAUCUUCAGAAGGAGAAGGGUGAGCUCCAAAACGAGAACUCCCACACCACCGCCAAGAUUGGCAAUGUCUCUGCCGACCCCAACACCGGUGCCGUCGCCAAGGACAACUCCUACCGCACCGAGGGCUCAUGGGAUCAGACCAUCGGCUCCGCCAAGGAGGCCAUCGGUAACGCCAUCGGCAACCAGAUCCUUCGCCAGGCGGGUGCUCAGCAGAACGCCGCCGGCAAGGAGCAAGAAGCCAAGGGUCAACUCAAGGACUGGGGUCAUGGUAUCGAGGACCGCGCUCAGGGCCACCUGGGUGCUGUCGGCGCGGCCAUCACCGGUGAUCGCGAGGGGCAGAAGAAGUACGAGGACAUGCACGACGAAGGCAAGGUCCGCCAGCGCGGCGCCGAGGCCGAUAUGGCCAAGGACCAGGGUGUCUAA